CCCGAGAAUGCCUUCCAGACUCCUACCAUCGGAGGCGACUGAACCCCGAGCACCCAAGUAGUCGCCGACACUGCGUGAUAUUUGCAGGGUGGUAAGUCUCCUGCUCCUGAUGACGAGCCUGUUUGGAUCGACAAGCCGCCUCAGAGUCAGUAAAGGGCGCAGCAUUUCACUCGCUGGGCUACAGCUCUGCUGCGCUGCUCGUCGUCACACACGUGUAGCUAGCUAGCUCCGCCCACUGUGUUGGGCGUUAUUUGGAGUUGUCAUGCAGAGCCGCACUUUGUUACGUGCGUCGUGCACCUGGCUUGAGACUUGGCUUCAGCGUCCUCGGCCGCGACCUCUGUCCACCCGUCUGGAGAGUAUGGACCCAGAACCUAGCGAAAUCGAUGAGAAUUACAGGGUUGCUAUUUCCACACUGAAUGGGUUGCAAACAAAUGCGGCAGUUUUGGAGCAAAUACGUCGCCGGGGAGAUGACCGUAUGGUCUCUGAGUACAACAGGAUGCAGCAGUACUUGGAGCGUGUUGGGAUAGCGCCUGCCGACCUCGCGCAGCUCAAUGCAGUGCACGUGUCAGGGACCAAGGGGAAGGGUUCGGUAUGUGCCGUGACAGAGAGCAUUCUCCGAUGCCAUGACUUCAAGACUGGACUCUAUGUGUUAGUGUAUACAUUGUCUUCCUGUAUAUCUAUUAUACUCAAGGCUCCAAUAAUACACCUCAGGUCACCUCAUUUACUUGAAGUUCGUGAGAGAAUCCGCCUCAAUGGCCAGCCACUGAGCAGAGGAGAAUUUGUGUCUUAUUUUUGGGAUGUUUACAGCAAGCUGAACAACACCCGACAUCUCUACAAUGACGCCAUGCCGUCCUACUUCAGAUUUCUCACUGUCAUGGCUUUCUCUGUCUUCCUCAGUAACAAGGUGGAUGUGGCAGUGGUGGAGGUGGGCAUUGGUGGGACUCAUGACUCUACUAACAUCAUUGAGGAGCCAGUGGUCUGUGGGAUUACCUCACUGGGCUAUGAUCACACAGAUAUACUGGGACCCACUCUCUUUGAUAUAGCUUGGCACAAGGGAGGGAUAUGCAAGCAACACCGACCAGCCUUCACUGUGGAGCAGAGACCAGAGGCUCUGACUGGACUCAGUCGCAGGGCCAGGGAGCUGGGGGCCAGCAGCCUCUCUCUUGUCCCUCCUCUGGCCAGCUACCCUGGCCCUCUACCUGAACUGGGGCUGAAGGGAAAGCACCAGGUGCCCAAUGCAUCCCUUGCUCUCCAGCUCUCCUCUUACUGGCUCCAGAACCACUCCUCAACACAGAGUGAAUGUGUAUCUAGUGGCAGGGCUGACUCUGCCCUCCCCACAGCAGCUCCAUUCCCACUGACUCAAGAGUUUACAGACGGACUGCGGUUGUGCAGAUGGGCCGGCAGGAAUCAGGUUGUCGAGAGAGGGAAUGUGACUUACUACCUUGAUGGAGCUCAUACUCCUGAGAGUGUGGCAGCCUGUGCUGAGUGGUUCCUCUCCCAGAUGGACACCAGCCACAAGUCAGUCCUUCCUUUGAGGAGCUGCUAUAUACAGUCUCCAUUUCCCUCCAGGCAGGACACUCUAAGAGUAUUGCUGUUCAACACCACUGGCAAGAGAGACACCAGGACUUUACUCCUACCACUCAUGGAAUGUGGGUUUAGUAGGUUUGUAUUCUGUCCAAACAUCUCUCACUCGGAGGACACUCAGAAUUCUCCAGAUCACACCAGUCACAUGGUCACUCAAUCCAGCCAGCUCUCUCACUGCUAUGCCAACCAGGAGUGCUGCAAGCAUAUUCUAAGUGAUAAGAAUGCUGGGGUGGCUGAUGUCUGGGAGGAGCCUGCAUCAGAGGAAAAGACUAGAGCGUGUGUGUCUGUGGCUGAUGCUCUCCAGCACAUGGACACUCAUAGCGCUGCCAGAGUGGUGGUGUUGGUGACUGGAAGUUUGCACCUUAUUGGUAGUGUCAUGUCUGUACUUGGCUUCACUGUGGAGGACUUGUAAUAACCACUGAAGUGCAAAACCGCAGCACUGAGACUUUACUGUGUGAGAAAUUCUAGCCGCAAA